GCAGACGGUGUGUUUCCAAAAUGGCGGCAGCAAUGGAUGUGGAUACCCCGAGCGGCACCAACAGCGGCGCGGGCAAGAAACGCUUUGAAGUGAAAAAGUGGAAUGCAGUAGCCCUGUGGGCCUGGGAUAUUGUGGUUGAUAACUGUGCCAUCUGCAGGAACCACAUUAUGGAUCUUUGCAUAGAAUGCCAGGCUAACCAGGCGUCUGCCACUUCUGAAGAGUGCACCGUCGCGUGGGGAGUCUGUAAUCAUGCUUUUCACUUCCACUGCAUCUCUCGCUGGCUCAAAACACGGCAGGUGUGUCCACUGGACAACAGAGAGUGGGAAUUCCAAAAGUAUGGGCACUAGAAAAAGAAUAUUCUUCCAUCAAGCUCAUCUGUUUUGUUACUCAUUUAAUGACUUGCCCUCCUGUUACUUAAUUGUAAGUUAGAUAGAACCGGGUCUUUUCUGCUUUGUCUUUUUAGUUUGCUAUUCCCGCAGUCCUGUUGUGUUCUGUGUCAAAUAAAAUCCAGUUGGAUUCUAUAAUAGAUGCUCUUUCUUGUGUAUGUGAAAAAAGUGAACAUAAAUAAAGGGUCCCUCUUCCUAGAUUGGAAA